AUGGCGUUCACAUCGAGAACUGAUACGCUCAUGAAGUACAUGAGCCUCGACCAGAAGGGCAGUGUCAUUGCCGAAUACAUCUGGAUCGACUCUGUCGGCAACACUCGUUCUAAGUCCAGGACGCUCCCUGCUAAGGAAUACACCCCCGCGGACCUCCCCACCUGGAACUUCGACGGUUCCUCUACCGGUCAGGCCCCUGGUGAAAACUCCGAUGUCUACCUGAAGCCUGUCGCCGUCUUCGCCGAUCCCUUCCUUGGCUCGCCCAACAUCCUUGUCCUCGCUGAGUGCUGGGACAACGAUGGCACGCCCAAUAAGUACAACUACCGCCACGAAUGCGCCAAGCUCAUGGAGGCCCACAAGGACAGGAAACCCUGGUUCGGUCUGGAACAAGAGUACACUCUCCUCGGUGAUGAUGACAGGCCCUAUGGCUGGCCUAAGGGCGGUUUCCCUGCUCCUCAAUUCCAAUAUUACUGCGGUGUUGGCUACGGCAACGUCGUCCAGCGCGACAUCGUCCUUGCGCAUUACAAGGCCUGCUUGUAUGCUGGUAUCAACAUCUCCGGUACCAACGCCGAAGUAAUGCCCGCUCAGUGGGAAUUCCAAGUUGGCCCGUGUGAGGGUAUUGCGAUGGGUGAUCAACUCUGGGUUGCCAGGUUUAUCCUCAACCGUGUUGCUGAGGACUUCGGCGCCAAGGUUUCCGUACACCCCAAGCCCAUGAAGGGUGACUGGAACGGUGCUGGUCUCCAUACCAACUUCUCCACCGAGGAGAUGCGUGUCGAGGGCGGCAUGGCUUACAUCGAGGCUGCCAUCAAGAAGCUCGAGGCCCGCCACGCCGACCACAUCGCCGUCUACGGUGAGGAGAACGAGCAGCGCCUCACUGGCAGGCACGAAACUGGUGCCAUUGACCAAUUCACUUGGGGCAUUGCCAACCGUGCUUGCUCUAUCCGUAUCCCUAGGGAAGUUGGUGCCAAGGGCUAUGGUUACUUCGAGGACCGCCGACCUGCCUCCAACGCGGAUCCUUACAGGAUUACGCAUGCCAUUAUGCUCUCAUGUUUCGGCGAUGCCGAGUAA